GCAGGCAGCAGGCAGGCAGAUCGCUGCAGAGCUCGGUGCUGCCGCCGUUGUGCCCGGUGCUCGGCUGUGGUCGAUGCCUGUCCCCGGAGCCCGCCGCCCUCCCCGGAGGAUGAGGAUGUUCGGCGGCUGCUGCUCCCCCUGGACAUGGGGCAUCUGAGUGCGGAGACCGAGUGAUCAGCGGAGGAUCCUGCGGAGCCGCUUCGUCCCCUCUGCCGGGACUGCACCCCCGCCGCAGGCUCCUGCCCCCCGCACCGGCCAGCAUGGAGGCGGUGGACCGAGAGUGCGGGGCGCUGGGGGGGCUCUUCCAGGCCAUCAUCAAUGACAUGAAGAGUUCUUACCCUAUCUGGGAGGACUUCAGCUCUAAAGCCACAAAACUCCACUCGCAGCUCAGGACCACGGUGUUGGCGGCUGUCGCCUUCCUUGAUGCUUUUCAGAAAGUGGCAGACAUGGCGACCAAUACCCGUGGAGCCACGCGUGACAUCGGAUCUGCCCUCACCCGCAUGUGUAUGAGGCACCGCAGCAUUGAGAGCAAGCUCCGACACUUCACCAACGCCCUCAUGGAGAGCUUGAUAACGCCUCUGCAGGAGCGGAUCGAAGACUGGAAGAAGACGGCAAAUACACUGGACAAGGAGCACACACGUGAAUACAAGCGAGCGCGCCACGAGAUUAAGAAGAAAUCAUCCGAUACAUUGAAGCUGCAGAAGAAAGCCCGUAAAGAAGUUCUAGGAAAGGGGGAUCUGCAGCCGCAGUUGGACCACGCGCUGCAAGACGUAAACGACAUGUACCUGCUGCUGGAGGAGACGGAGAAGAUGGCGGUGCGCAGGGCGCUGAUCGAGGAGCGCGGGCGCUUCUGCACCUUCGUCACACUGUUACAGCCGGUGGUGAAUGGAGAGAUCCACAUGCUCGGGGAGGUGACGCACCUGCAGGCAAUAAUUGACGACCUGAUGCUGCUGAGCGACGAACCUCACAAACUGCCUGCAGCCAGUGAACAGGUGAUUAAGGAUCUGAAGGGAUCGGACUACUCCUGGUCCUAUCAGACGCCCCCAUCCUCGCCCAGCAGCUCAGGGUCCCGCAAGUCCAGUAUGUGUAGUACAAAAACUGCCCCCUCCUGGCAAGCUGCCUCGCACCCCCACUCACCGGGCUCGGCGUGUCGCUAUCGCAGCCUCCCGCAGUGCACAGGAGGAGCCCAGCGGCUGGUGAGCACCUCCUCCCAGGACUCUGGAUGCAGUUCCCAUGAAGCCACUUACUCCAAGCCGCCAUCACCCAUGCCCUCCGACAUCACGAGCCAGAAGUCCUCCAGCUCUGCAUCUUCUGAGGCCUCGGAGACCUGCCAGUCUGUCAGCGAGUGCAGCUCCCCCACAUCAGAUUGGUCGCGGUCAGGUCCGUAUGAGACUCCGCCAGUGUGUUCAAUGCAGCGCAGAAAGGACCGCGUGGAACACCUGAGGGAAGCAGAGCUGGGCCCCAGCUACCCGGGCGUGGAGGACCCUUAUCGGCCCCGGAUGUCCCCAGCUGUCAUUGCUGCCAAGCACGGGGAGGAGGUGUCGCCCGCUGCCAGUGACCUGGCCAUGGUUCUGACCCGUGGUCUGAGUCUGGAGCACCAGAAGAGCAGCCGUGACUCCCUGCAGUAUUCUAGUGGCUACAGCACCCAGACCACCACCCCCUCCUGCUCCGAGGACACCAUCCCCUCACAAGGUUCCGACUACGACUGUUACUCAGUGAAUGGAGACGCAGACGGCGACGGCUCUGGGGACUUUGACCGCUCGUCCACGGUUCCCCGGAGCAGCAGCCUGGCACAGAACUACCGCCGGAUGCUUCAGACCAAGCGGCCAGCCUCCACCGCCGGUCUGCCCACUGCCAUGCCUCCCUCUGGAUCUGCACCUCCUCCCACGCAGUCAGGCUCGACGCCAGGUGUGGCCACCAUAAGGCGCACUCCUUCCACCAAACCCACCGUCAGACGCACUUUAUCGAACGCCGGACCCAUUCCAUGUCGUCCCCCUAUUGUGCCAGUAAGAACACCCACUGUGCCCGACUCUCCCAGUGGAGGACUGGGGGGGCGCUCUCGCGUUGGAAGUGAAGAGUGUGUUUUCUAUCUCGGAGCUGAUGAUGGAAGCCCCCUAGACUAUGCCAAGUCUUCCCCCAAGCGCCUCAGUCUCCCCAAUGCAGCCUGGGGGGGUGCGGGAGAGAUGUCUGUUUAUGGAGGGGCCCCCGCAGAUGAGGAAGACAUGGGAGGGGGUCUUCUGGCGGCCAAUCGGCACAGUCUGGUGGAGAAGAUCGGGGAGCUCGUCGCAGGCGCGCAUGCUCUAGGGGACGGGCAGUUCCCUUUCCCUUCAGCUCCAGACAAGAGUCAGGUUCCUGCCCCGGCCGGUGGAGGGAGCGGGUCAGAGCCACCAGCAGGGGAUAUGCUUGCAUCCAUACGUAGAGGAGUGCGGUUACGCCGAACCCUGACCAACGACCGGUCUGCACCCCGGAUCUUGUGAUCUUGAUUCAAGGGUUCAUAAGAUUGGUGCUUGGGGGAGGGGAGGGAAAUUUACUGUGACACAAGCAUACCCAGAGACUCGGGGGGUGCUUAACCCUUUCUAUGCAGGUCUGUCUGGGGCUAGAAGGGUUCUGUCUGGUGACUGACCGAAACAUUUAGACCGUUCCGGGCACGGGCGGACCAUUUCUGAUGAAGUGUAUGGUCUGCCAUGGCAGCUGACGACCCCCCAUGCGCAGGAGUGGCUCAUCCACGCAGAGGUGUACAGCGCUGCAAUGAACAUAGUGGCAGAAGACGUGGCCGACUGUAGUGUCUCGACCAGUCACCACCGUGGAGGGGCUGUACUCCAGGACCCCGGGUAUCUGCUGACUGCGCGCCACAUCUCACAGCUUUAUCUUCAUUGCAGUCAUGGGACAUUGCGCUCCUGACGACAGAUGUUCUGGACUUGCACUGGUCGGGGGGCCAUGGACACAGCAAGCAAUGCAGGACACGAUGCCCCCGGGGGCCCCAACCUUUCUUACUGUACGAUCUGUGCCAAGUGGUUGUUUUGGACGCUGAGCGGCGGCCAUGUUUCCGCUCGCACAGUUGGAGUCUCCGGCUCGUAUGUGGACUGGGGGGCCGGAGGACGCCUCCAUCUGUUGGACUUGCGGUAGUGGGGGAUCCUGCCUAUACCGAUCAGAGGCCUCACUUCUAGUGCCAUUCAGAACAAGCCUUGUGCCACCUGUGUGCCCACAGUGCUGUACAGGGGGCACCGCACUCAUGACCUGUAGGGGGAAGCACUUAGGAUUUGUAGAUUGUGCGACUGUGUAGGGGGGGGAACAUUUCCUUAAAGGGACCGCGUCCCUGCACGCAGUGGUAGAUGGGGAUCACAUGGUUGGACUAGGGACACUGUGUGCAGGGGUCACAUGAAGGAAAUGUCCCCCCAGUAAUGGCCUCUGAGGGGAGCACAGCAGAAGCCCCUUGGCCUGCAGAUGUGCCCCCGUAGCGGGCCGUUGCUAUAUUUUUUCAGAGAUUGAUGACAUUAUCUCCCCAGAUGGAAUCGUGGAGAUUUAGAUCUAACCAGACAGAGAAUAUUUUUCAGAGCCGCUGGCGGAGCCGGGGCCACAGAUCACUAUUCAGAUAUGUAGCAAUGUUCUAGUGCCACCUGCUGGCCAGGUGGAGAACUGCAAUGAGAUCUCAUUGCAAAUUGUAGCAGAAACUGAAGUUCUCCUGCUGUAAGGGCCGGCGGCUGCGGUCUGUCACCACGCACGGCAGGGACCGCUUAUUGUAAGGGCCGGCGGCUGCGGUCUGUCACCACGCACGGCAGGGACCGCUUAUCGUAAGGGCCGGCGGCUGCGGUGUGUCACCACGCACGGCAGGGACCGCUUAUCGUAAGGGCCGGCGGCUGCGGUGUGUCACCACGCACGGCAGGGGCCGCUUAUCGUAAGGGCCGGCGGCUGCGGUCUGUCACCACGCACGGCAGGGGCCGCUUAUCGUAAGGGCCGGCGGCUGCGGUCUGUCACCACGCACGGCAGGGGCCGCUCAUCACCUGCACAUGUUCAGGAUAAAACUUGAGAGGAGAUUAUAUAAGAUGAUGAUCCCGGCCCAAAGCCUGAGGCUGCACCACUGAGAGAUCCUGACAACGUCUUGUUCUGAUAUCUCUCCAGGGCAUUGUUGUCAUGGGGCAGUGAGAAUGGCCGUUCGCAUCAAUGACGCACGACUGUUCAGGCCAGGCAGGGUGUAGAUGUUGAUGCAGAUGAUCAUUUGGAGCCACACAAGGUCUCUCAGUAGUGCAGCCUCAAGAUUUGGGCCUGGAACGUCUCUUUAUCAGCACAGAGGGAAGAGAGUUUGUUAUAAUUGACUUGUGCAGGGGCUACACACGAAGGUGCAGCCAUUUGGGGGAGCAGGACUGUGAAUGUGGCCUCUACAGAUGGCGGCGCGCAGGUAUAUGUGCCAGGACACGGGCCACAUGGAGGCAGGGCCCCUCUUUAGGGUUUGUCUUCUGCAGGUGUUUCUUGUGGGUGCAGGGAUGUGUUAGGAGGCGGAGGUGUGCAGGUUGUCUGACGGCGUGCACCUGUAGGGGGCGACUGUGCGCAGGGCCCCGUGGACUGAGGUGACGCCGUCACCCGUUUGUGUCGUCCUGCAGCUUUGCUGAACUCAUCCGUCUGAGAGUAGGGGUGAUGAUCUGCGGAUCCAUCACGUGAGCCGCUGAUCAGUGGAUCCCAGCUUCCACCAAUGAGAUCUUGUGUGUGACGUAUCGGGAUUUAAGAAUGCGUCGUCAGACCGCCUUGACCUAUCCUGUCAGUAACACUGUGAACCCUAAUAUUCAGUGAAAGUUGCAGGACGACGCAAAUGAGGACAAUCGAGUGAGUCAGCGAGUGGACGCAAGUGUCAGGAGAGGGCCGAGGCAAGUGACGUGGAAGGAGCAGCGGUACGAAUGAUUACUGGCGGCCGCUGCUCAGCAAAUGUGAAAGCCGCUCUGUGGAGGUUACAGGCCCAAAGGCUGAGGCUGCACUACUGAGAGACUGCUGUUAGGUGCAGGUCUUCGUCCCACCCUUCCUGGCAGUCGUGCGUGGAUGCAAUCCCAAGCUGUCAGUAGUGCAGCCUUAGGCUCAGGAGCGGAGAUGAAUGGGGGGGGUCCCACAGUUCAUACCAUGUAAUGGCCGCACUGACCCUCCCCCACCAGAGAGACCCUCAUUGUAGCAAUAGGAUAACCCGGCAAUAAUAGCGCAGCAGCGGAGACCCCUCGCUGGGGCCAUUCUGCUAGUGGCGGGCAUAUGACGUGAGUGGUAAGGGAUGAAUGCCGCCGGGGGAGGAGAUGAUGCACUUUGGCGCGACUCCCAUAGGAAUAAAUAGGAUCCCCUUUUUUUUUAACCCCGUGUGCAGGGGUCUUUUCCCCUCAGCCGCAGGUCAGUCCUGCUGCCCCUGGAGAAGCAGGAGACCGAGGCGAAUGCAAGCACAAGGCCCCCCUCCCCCUCCGCUUGGUCAGUCCCUUUCUAUAUGAAGCCCCCUGUGUGUAGAACGCGUCGUUGUACAGAGAUCCCCCCCCCCCCCAACACUGGAUUUCCGUGUCUCCGUUUGUGUAUUCACAGGCGUGUAUCCGUAAGCUCGCCACGCCGGACCACCCCCUGCUUUACUGCCAUGUUUUCACCCCAUUCUGUAUGAUGUUAGUUACGGGGGAGGGGCAGCCCCCCCCCCCCCCCCCCCUCGGCACCGUGUCUUACGAAUGUGUAGCCAUAUUCUGCUCGCCGUUCUCCCGGUUUUGUUGCCGCCACCUUUCUCCAUGAUUUUAUUCUGUUUUUAGUUUGUCUUUUACACUCAGAAUUGCGCUGACGGUAACGCCGCACUGUGACCACCCCUAUUAAUAAAACCUGUACUGUAUCA